GUUGAGUAGACUUCCUGGGUAUGUAUGUACCUCUACCUAGUCGUUACUUUGAGUGAAAAAAAAAGGGGAAGACGAGGUACACUUUUUUUUUCGAAACUGCUCUUCUUGCGGGAUCCAGGUCUUUCGUUCCCUUCUACCUCUCCUAUAAAGACUAAAUCAUGCGACUUCUUGGAGCAGGUCGGUGUGUCCUCCUGUUGCUGCAGCUGCUGACGACUCUUCCUUUCGGCAGUGCACAACAUGCCGCGCCUCGAGACGAUGAAUUGAUCGUGUCGACGACUUCGGGAGUGGUCCAGGGCACUUUUGAUCCCGAAUUGCCCAACGUACGACAGUUUUUGGGGAUUCCCUUUGCGAAGCCUCCCGUGGGGGAUUUGAGAUGGGCUGCACCAGAGGCCCUUUCGCAAGAGGAGGAGCAAAUCACUGCGACCGAGUUGCCGCCGAGUUGUCCGCAGACGUAUAGUACGGGAGCUUCGGUCUACCAUUGGGAUGUUUUGGAGUUCAAUCUGCAAGGUCUGAAUCAGACGGGAGCGAUUUCGGAGGAUUGUCUCUUUCUCAGUGUGUGGACGCCGACACAACAGAAUGUGGAGACUGCGACGACGAAGGGACAAUUGGAUGCGGGACUUCCUGUGCUCGUGUACAUCUAUGGCGGUGCGUUUGCCGGGGGUGGAAUAGAUGUGCCGUACCAGAUUCCGACGCAGUGGAUCAAUAGGAGUCCCAAUCACAUUGUUGUUUCGCUGAACUACCGCGUCAACAUUUUUGGUUUCCCUUCGGCACAAGGGCUCGAAGAUCAAAAUGUUGGACUACUGGACCAACGGCUCGCGGUCGAAUGGGUCAAGGCGAAUAUUGCCCAGUUUCAAGGAGAUCCCAAUCGAAUCACGCUGUGGGGGCAGUCGGCAGGCGCAGCAAGUGUCGACAUGUACGGCUACGCAUACCCCGAUGACCCGAUUGUGGCCGGUGCCAUUAUGGACUCUGGUGUGGCUGGUUUGCUGGAGGGAAUAUCGGUGACAGACAGUGGCGGAUCCAAUUUCAGCUAUGUCGCCAGCCAGGUUGGUUGUCCCGAUCUGGCGGACCAGCCCGAACAGCAGUUGGCUUGCAUGCGUACGAUCGACUUCCAGACCAUAUCGGACUUUGUGGGCCACUACUCGGGUUCGCCAGGAAUAUCAUUCGUGCCCACUCCCGACGAGAAAGUGGUCUUCUCCAACUACACGGACAGAGCAUUGGCGGGCAAGCAGGCCUCGAUUGUAAGCACACUUCCCCAUCCAUCACCAACCUUGUAUUGAGAUGAAGCGAUGCUAACCCAGAGUCUUGCAGCCGCUACCAGUACGCUGGCAACUUCACCAACGUCUCCCCUCGGCCGUGGAUGGGGGCAUAUCACUCUGCGGAACUGCCCAUGCUAUUCGGCACACAUCCCAACUUCCGAGGGCUCAGUACUGAUUUGGAGUACGGCACCAGUUAUGCUAUGCAGGAGGCCUGGGUAGCGUUUGCCAGUGACCCGGUCAAUGGCCUCGCUGCUCAGGACUGGCACGCAUAUCAGACGCUCGGCAGUUCUGACGUGCGAGAAUUUGGUGCGGACGUUGCGGCGCAGUCUAUUGAUGUUGCCGCUCUCGAAGCCGAGUGCAACAACG